CAGUGAGAUUUGAGAAUUGUUUAUAUUAGCGUUUCUAUUUCAUUAUUACUAUUUUUCUUACCUUUAUAUGUUUGCCUGCUUUAAGCAAAGCUCAAACUUAAACUUAAUAUUGGGUCCAUCAGGUUUAAAAACACCACCACCAACCUGUGUUUAUUUUGUAGCUUUGGUAUCACCUGUGAUUUGAAAUAAUACUGAGUAUCCAGUUAGCCUUUCUAAUAGCAACAAUCAAGCAGGCCUUGAAACUUAACAAAUUCUGUAGGCUAGUCAACUAAAACACCUGUAGUAUAUACUGUUCCCUAAUAGAAGUUGUUUUUAUCUUAAAGUAUUAAAAGUAGCCCACUGAUUUCUGUUAGGAUUAGUAAUUAGAAUACAAGGAUUUAAACGAUUUUGAUCAUAACAAGCCUAGGUAUUGUUUGCUAUGGGAAUUCAGUAAUUUUAUUUCACGCUUGCUAACAUUUCUAGCAUGUUAGCAUUUUAUGCUGUGAUCCCUCUUAAUUAUGAGGUCAGGCUUAGCUGCAAGCAUUAUGAUUCUGUGGCAGCAGAUCAUUUCCUGAUUUACCAGAGAGAUGACACACUUCCCUAAUGGCUAAAGUUACAGUGACCCAAUGAAAGAAGAAAAUGAAAGGCAUUAAGAAAAGUCUUACAGAAGAAUACCUAUACUUGGACUUUUCUCACCAAAUAGAAGGAUGCGUCUUUCCUCUUCAUACAUCUGUAACUUUGUUUCUGUUAUCAUACUGUGACUGCAAAAUCUUUAAAGUUUGCUUAGUCCCCACUGGAGAAAGUACAGAUAGUUCAUUAAAAAAUGUAGUGCCCCAGGAUGUUGAAGUACAAAUUAUUUCAAGGCAAGAGCUUCCUCCAAUAGUCCAGAAUUGCUGUUUACCUGCAAUAGUAGAAAAACCAGACAAUUUCUGUAGAGCAGGACUUGCUGUUGUACUGAGACACAUAAUCCAGAGAUCAUAUGAAGCUGACCCCUCCAAGAAGGAAAUUUUGGAACUUUUGGGUUUUAAGAAGACUUGCUUGAAAGCCUGUGCUGAAGUCAGUCAGUGGACCAGGCUAUGCGAACUUACCAUCCCUUUAGCUAUUGAGAAUUUUCUCAGAGAAUCUUCUGACCAGCACCCAGCUAUCCCCGCAGAAAUACUACAGUUAGAGAAGAAGCUUAGCGAGCCCGUUAGAGUGCAUAAUGACGACAAACUCCGUAGGCAGAAGCUGAAGCAACAGAAGGCUGCUGGGGUCGGGCCUUCCCUUGCUAAGGAAAAAGCAAUGGGCAAGGUACAUAGACAAGAAACGUCUCAAGAGUUGGACUCUACAUCUGAGAACCUGGAACUGAAAGUUGCAUUCUCGAAGCUCACAGUACAGGAAGAACCAGCUGCCACCCACAGGGAGCCUCCUCACAUCAGAAAAGCAAAAGCCUCUGACCUCCCACCUCUGGAGCAUGUGUUUGCGGAGGGCCUCUACUUCACUUUGGCAGAUAUCGUACUCUUGCCUUGUAUCCAUCAUUUUUUGGUAAUUAUCUGCAAGAAACUUUCUGAAAAGCUGAUAGAAUUUCCACUGUUGGCUGCUUGGUACCAGAGGAUUCAGGAAGUGCCAAGAGUAAAAACAGCAGCUUCUCAGUGUGGAAUCCAAUUUCUCCAUUUACCAGAGUUGCUGACCGCCUCAAAUGAACAAGAUUCAAACUUAAGUGAGGUCCCAGGUGUAGAGGAGCAAAAUGAUGCUUCAUUUAUAGGAGGACCAAGGCCCACUAUGACCAAGUUAAUGGAAAAAGGCAUUGAAGUGAUGUUUUCCCCUCACCCUUGCCCUACUUGGACCCUUGAUUGGAGUAGUCUUCCUGCAGCAGUGAGCCCAAAGGAAGGUAAAAUGUCCAGUGAUCGAGCUCUGAGAAAACAGCAGCAGUUAAACAACCUUGUUUACAUCGUGACAAAUCAGGCCAAACCUGGUGACAGAAUUGUGGAUUUCUGCAGCGGCGGGGGCCAUGUUGGGAUUGUCCUUGCUCACAUGCUGCCAUCAUGCCAGGUUACAUUAAUAGAAAACAAGGAAUUAUCAUUAAUUCGUGCUAAGAAGAGAAGUGAUGAACUAGGUUUAAGCAACAUUUGGUUCAUUCAAGCAAAUAUGGAGUAUUUUACAGGGAUGUUUAAUAUUGGGGUGGCACUGCAUGCUUGCGGAGUGGCCACAGACAUGGUGAUUGAGCACUGCAUCAAAACGCGGGCUUCCUUUGUCACCUGCCCUUGCUGUUACGGUUUCAUUCAGAACACCUCAAAGUUUCAUUUUCCCAAAAGUGAACAAUUCAAGAAAACUUUAUCAUAUAAGGAACACAUGAUUCUGUGCAGAUUUGCGGAUCAGACAGCUGUGCAGCUUCCGCCCCAACGAAGACUCGUAGGAAAACAGUGCAUGUGCCUAGUGGAUCUGGAUCGAGCAAGAGCUGCAGAAGAACGUGGUUACUGCGUUCAAGUAAUAUCCAUGGAGCCAGAGAGCUGCUCUCCCAAAAAUAACAUGAUCGUGGGAGUCCCCAUUUAGAAGGAGAUAUUCACCUUUGAUGGU